AUGGCUUCCGUAGAGUCUUCCAUGGAGGCACAUCUCCACCUCUAUGAAAUAUUUCUUACAGCAGCCAAGCCCAUGGCCCUUCAAGCAGCUAUCUUGGUUAACAUUCCUGACAUUAUUGGUAGUGAAAAUCAGCUCUCCGUGGAGGAAAUUGGUUCCCAUAUUUGUGCUUCCACAAACAAACCUGUCCACAUAGACUGCCUCUCUAGAAUCAUGACACUUCUGGCUUCCAUUGGAGUCUUUACUGAAGAGACCACAGCAGAUAACAGAGGCAUUCCUCAAUUAAAAUAUGGCCCAACUGGCCUCUCUCAAUUGCUGGCAAAUAGUGAGCCGCAAGAAUCCUGUGCGCCCACUCUAUUGUUCUUGAAUCAAAAUAUUGUGAGACAAGGUUAUCAGUAUCUUCAUGAUACUUUCAUAGAUGGCUGCCAACCAUUUACUGGCAUGAGCAUUUUCGAGUACAAUAGCAAGAAUCCUGAGGCAAAUAGAAUUUUGAACGAGGCCAUGACUGCUCAGACAAGCUCUGUAAUGGCAUCUGUGUUGAAGGCGCAUGAUGCUGUCAUAGAUGGCAUGAGCAUUUUCGAGUACAAUAGAUGUCAUGGCAAAUAG